GGCCAAGUGGUUUACAUUUUGCUAUUUAAUUAUUUAAGUAUUGGAAAAUUCUCGUCGCUUGAGUAAUUUGAGUAAUUGUGUGUGAGUUAUUGAAUAGGACCAUUUUGCGGGUAUUAAUAAUCAACCGUAAAAUUCAAGAUACGUUUAACUCGCCGUCUAUUAUCAAGCAGUAAUAAAGCGUACUCGUGUUACAACUCGUCGUGUUUUUUUUUUAAAGCUUGUGCUCGAUUUGAAGAACGUAUAUUCAAGCUUCCUUGAUAAGUUGAUGAGUUAUAACGUGGAAAUAACAACAGAACGGUGUGUUUAAAUACUCUUGUUCACAUGGAGAAAAGAUGAAGAUUGUUUAAAUGAAGAAUGGCUCAAGAUUUAGGGGAUAGUGUCGGCGGAAGGUAAAUUAUGUACAGAAGAUAUAUUCGUUGGAUAAACUCCGAGCUUUCCCAAAAACGGCCACAUCCAGACGUGCCGCUGCUAUUGCAAUUCGCAAUGGCAGAGAGAUGUGACUCCUCUGUGCUGGCUAGCGAUCUCGAAGACGGGGGUGUUGCCUUUGGGAAGUCACGUAAGGCGUCGAAUGAUCAUGGCAAUCAUCUUAACAUUAUUGCCGACCGCUUCAAUUCUCUCAGCGAGGUGACUGUGGCACUGAAACGGCUGGGCAUCGACAACUGUGGCCUCAUUUUUGGCAUUGACUACACAUUGAGCAACAAGGUAUCUGGCGAAAAAACUUUCCACGGACUGAGUCUGCAUGACACAACCAGCCAAAAGAAUAACCCGUACCAGGAGGUGAUUUGUAUUUUGGGUGAAACCCUCGAACCGAUGGAUGACGAUGGGAUCAUUCCAGCGUAUGGAUUCGGGGACCGAACAGUCAGAGAUAAAGGGAUAUUUCCGCUCAAAAAAGAGGGCGAAUGUGAUGGGUUCCUAGAGGUAUUGGAAGUGUAUAAUGAGAUCACGCCAACCGUUCGCCUCGGAGGACCUACUAACUUCGCGCCUCUUAUUGACGAGGCUGUUCGUAUCGUGAAGCAAAAGAAACAGUACCAUAUCCUGGUGAUAGUUGCGGACGGUCAGGUGACAAAUGAAGAGGACACGAUAAGGUCAAUCGUGGAGGCCUCAGAGUAUCCUCUGUCCAUCGUGUGUAUUGGGGUCGGUGAUGGACCUUGGGAUAUCAUGAACGACUUCGAUGACAAACUGCCGGAACGACGCUUCGACAACUUUCAGUUCGUGGAUUUUCAUUCGACCAAAUCUGAAGCACGCAAUCCUCAGGCCGCGGUUGCGUUAGCAGCACUUAUGGAGAUUCCGGACCAAGUUAAAUAUAUCAGAGACAACAAACUGAUUGAGAAACUGUGAGAAAAUGCGAGAAAAUGCGUGAAACUGUGAUAUUUUGCUCAUGAUUCGUACAGGGAACAAUAUGAAAGACGUGUACAAUUGUGAAACAUGACAAUUUUAUAAGGAGGAAAGCAGAGUGUGCAACCCGUUGUUCAUGAAUUUUUGCAAAACAUUCAAGAGUACUGAAUAAUUGCAAACAUUGGCAAUCCAUUACAAUAUAAUUAUACACUAAUACACUGGCCUAUUACAAUGUCUUCCGUUGGUUUAAAAAGCCAAGUGUGUUUCAUUUUGAACUUUUACAAACAUUUUACGUGAUAUCGUUUUAAAAGUCGAAAUGUUGGCUAUUUAGACGUGAACUUGUAGAUUUUUUCGGCAUUAUUUUUCUAAAUGUUUAUAGCAUAGGCAAAAUAGGCAAAAGUAAAAUCCUGAGUAAAAUACGUCUUUUCCUUUAUUGGAAUUUCUUUUAUACUCGGCACAAUCUUCUUUUAGAAUACUGACGUAUUGUUGACAUAGUAUAAGUGUACCCACACUUUCUUUUCUGUUUUUAAAUAAGUGAUAAAACACAAAUCAUGUCGAUAGUUCGAAUCCGGACUAAAAUGAAUUAGCUAUUUGAACGAUUAACAGUAAAAUGUUAGUCAUAUUUAAAUUGCUUUAUGUUUUUUUUUAAGCUCACAUUUUCAUAUUUAUGUCAAUACUGCUUAUGCAUGUUUUACCUUAGAUUAGUGAAGCAUUUUUGAAUAGUUAAAUUGUGUUCUUUAGUAAAUCAAACCAUAUCUCAUAUCGCGUGUUGACAAUACAGAGUAUAAUUAUGGUUUUAAUGACCUUUUGUUGAUUUUUUCAAAAUGUGAACCUUAAUUCAAGUGCGAGGAUGUAUGAACUUAUCAGAACAACACAACAUAAAUCCUUCUGUAUCGAAGAUUAAGUUUGUUUUUCUCAAUCAGAUGUUUAUUAAAAAGGACUUGUUUACAUAUUUGUUAUUCGGUAAUAAAAGCCUAAUAAGCAUUUAUUGAACUAAGUUAAGGAGCUAAAAUGUAUUAUCAUGAAACUUAUUUUAACACGCGCAGGUCGCACUGAUGUAAUGGCUGUGGUGUCCGCCAGGCGACCGGGAGGCCACGUGUUCAAUCCCCACUGUGGGAGCGUUCUAUAGAUCUGCCUCAUAGACACCAAGUACUGGUUCUAGUCCCAGGAAACGGACUCGAGAACGUUUCAAAUACGUCUUAGGCUUUCUAUGCAAUCGAGCUAAAAUAAAUAGGUUUAAAACCAAUUUUAACAUACAGAAGAUUUCAAAAAGGUUUACUCCAGGGGUCGUAUUCCAGAAACAUCUUAAGUCAUUUCUUAAAUAUUUUCACUUAAGUUCAAAAUUACAAUGUUUUGUAUUUCUUUACUAAAUAAACACAUGCAUGUUUUUUUGGUAUUCCUCAAAUAACAUUGACAUAAUGAUGUUAUUUUUAUGUAAUUUUCGAUGUCUAAAUAUUGGAGUAUGAAAUGAAACACUUAAGAAAAAUUCCCAAUUUAAGGAUAAAAAUAAAAUUUAACUUAAGAUGCUUCUGGAAUACCACCCCAGAUUCGAACUCGGAUCAUUCGGAUAAAAUAAUUUACCGAGGUGACCUCUCUACCAUCCCGUGUAGUACAGUACAUCAUGCGUAUUUUAGCUUAUGUUGGAAAUACAUGUGUUCGCUCAACUCGUGACGAAAAUAAUUCAAACACUCCGAAUUAUUCAAUCAUUUGUGUGUGUGUGUAUACUUUAUAAUUGUAUCCAUUUGAAACAAAUAAACGAUUGAAUUGUU